AAGUAUUGUAUUUUGUUCUUGGUUAAAUCAAUUGAAUUGCACACUUCAUAACAAAUAUUUACGUGAACGUCGACAUCUUGUACGAUCGUUUUAUUGUCAACCUUUCUAUUAUGGAGAUGAAAAGUUUUAUAUCAGAUAAGUACUUACAAUUCAUACGACAACAUUAUGGAGAAGGAAGAAAUCUGUCAAUACUUUAAUGAUAUUAUCAAAGAUGAAAAAGAUGUUUCUGCUGGAAUGGCUGCUAUACGUACACUAUUAAAAGUUUUGGAGUAUUCAAAGUCUGAAACGGUUCAAGAACUCAGGUACUGUUUACAGAAUGCAAUAGAUGCAAUGAGAUCUACUGAAAAUCCUGUAACUGCCAUUGCAUCUGGAAGUGAAUUAUUUCUUCGUUUUAUAACUUUGGCUACAUUAGAUACUCCUUCAUUUGCAGAAUGUAAGGGUAUUAUGCUCCAUAGAGGCAAAAUGUUUUAUGAGAAAUUAGUAGCUGCCAGAGGAAAAGUAGCAAAAGUUGCAGCACAUUUCAUUAAGGAUGGCUCUAAAAUACUUACUCAUUCAAAAUCUAGAGUUGUAUUGCAAGCAAUGAAAGAAGCUGUUGAAAGUAAUAAAAUAUUUGAAGUAUAUGUAACAUGUUCUUCUCCAGAUAAUAGUGGGGAAGAAAUGUAUGAAAAUUUAACAAAAUUAGGUUUAUCUUGUACAUUGAUAUUAGAUUCUGCAAUGGGAUAUGUCAUGGAACAAGUUGAUAUGGUCAUGGUAGGAGCAGAAGGGGUUGCAGAAAGUGGAGGUGUUAUUAACAAGGUUGGCACAUAUACAAUGGCAAUGUGUGCUAAAGAGGUGAAGAAACCAUUUUAUGUCUUAACAGAGAGUUUCAAAUUUUCAAGAAUAUAUCCCUUAAAUCAAGUAGAUCUUCCAAAUGAGUUUAAAUAUACAGCAAGUACAUUAAAAAAAGAUUUGCAGAAAGAACAUCCAUUAGUUGAUUAUACACCACCGCAUUAUAUUAGUCUUCUCUUUACUGAUUUAGGCAUAUUAACACCUUCAGCUGUAAGUGAUGAACUUAUUAAAUUGUACUUGUAACAUGUAUGUGCAUAUACAUCAGUACAUCAAAAUACAUAUACAAAUAAUUUUAAUACGAAUAUAGGUAAAAAUAAAAUUAUUUAUACAAUGACAAUAAUAAAUAU